GUUCCUGACUAUGAGAUGAUUAAACCACAGAGAUAUCGGAAGGACGACGGCGGGCUUCGCAUGAUCUUUUCUGCAUGGGGCGACGAUUUCGUGUUGGAUUUGAAACCUAAUAACAGAUUAGUCAGCCCUAAUAUUGUUGUAGUCACUCGAAAUGGCAGCGAGGUUACGGAAAAAAAGGGUUUAGACCUCGGUCACGACUGCCAUUUUCAGGGUACCGUAUCAUCCCAUGGGAAGGUUCCAGUAGCAAUCUCGGAUUGCAAAUCUCUAGUGGGCACUUUAGUCAUGAGCGAUCACUUUCUAGUUUUGCAGUCCGUGCCAAAACGGGUUCAGCAGCAUACUGAUACAUUCAAUUCCAGUGUAAGAUUAAAUGUGUUACAUACUUCAGCAGAAAUCCUCUCCCUCAACUAUACAAUACCAUCAGCGGCAAAACUGGACUCAGCGUUCGUCUUUCCAAACAUGGAUCCAAUAACCCUGGAAAUUGGAUUAUUUCUUGACUCUCAACUGUUUGAACAUUUUCAAAAGGAAUACAUCCAAGAUGCAGAACAGCACCUAUUAGACUUCUCACUAGCAUUAAUAAAUAAUGUUCACGUACUGUAUCAACAACCCUCACUUUCACCCAAUCUAGAAAUUGUAAUAGUGAGAUAUGAGAUGUGGAAGACGCAACCAAGUAAUUUGGCAACAUUCGUUCACAAGAAUGGACAGGCUCAAAGUCUUUUGGAUGCGUUUUGCCGCCAUCAAGCGCACAUUAAUCCUGGGUCCGAUCUGACUGACGCCGGGCAUUGGGAUCAUGGCGUUUUGUUGACAGGUUAUGACAUCUAUCACACGACUGCCUCUGUUGCUGGAGUAGCCCCUGUGGCACGGAUGUGUGAUCAACUGUUUGCCUGCUCCCUAGUAGAAGGCCUUCAUUUGGCGAAUCAGGUAAAGGUAACUGCUUACGUGAUGGUUCUCCAGGACUAUUGGAACACAAUCAUCUACAAGACGGAAGAACUCCAGGCCAAAGAUUCACAGCUGAUCAACAGUGUGCAUACUUUUGGGGACGCGACUACAAAGUUGAAAUUCCAACUGGACGAUCUAUGGAGAACAUAUCAAGAAAAGUAUGCAAAAUUGCAGGAUAUCUGCCGGAUAUUGUGGUGUGGUAACAGUGGAUCGACAAUCUCCACUGCUCAUCCAGCUCUAGAAGGAAGCUAUUGCGGUAACAACAAGGUGGACCAUUUUUCCAUCUUCCAACUAAAAUUUUAUGCCAUAAAAAAUAGACGUCAUCCCCCUCCAGUAAUACAUGGAGGAUGGUCCCGUUGGAGUAAGGAAGAACGAUGCCCAGUACAACAUUGUGUUAUCUCGGGUACCAUAUCAGUGAAAGCUCAACAUCGCCAAAUAAUGGUGGACUACCCUGUGAGGGAGCUGCUAUUCGUGGUGUCUUAUGCAACACACACUUCAGCGUAUGCCAAGGUAAAUCAUUUUUAUCCGCUUAACUGCUCCCAGAUUCCACCCAUUUUUAAAAAAUUAAGUCAUCAUGGUCUGGAUGCAGCGAAUCUUGUGGAAAAGGUGGUCGCCAAUUGCGAAAACGGCAAUGUCUCAGUUCCGAGUCGGAUUCGAAUUGUUUUGGUAUACAAUCUUCACAUUAUAGGUGAAGCGGAAGAACAACGAUUUUGCUUCCCUCCACCUCCUCGUUGUCGACAGGUUAGCGAGUGGGGUCAUUGGAGCUCAUGCCAUAGCGAAUGUGGACAAGGAGAACAAAUUCGAAAAAGAAUUUGUUUGACGUCUAAUUGUGACGAAGCGACUGAGGAGAGGCGACCGUGCUGGAAUUCUAACAAAGUUGGCCUUUUUCGGCUUACAAGGUGCAUGCUGGCUGGAGUGGUCAGAGUGGAGCGAAUGUUCUCAAACCUGCAAUGGUGGACACAGGAGAAGAGAAAGAACUUGUCCACAACCGGCCUUGUCCAGAAGGAUCUAACGACUUCGAAUGGGAGGAUUGGAGUGAAUGGUCGGAAUGCAGCAAAACAUGCGGAGAAGGAUUUCAAUCGAAGAAAAGGGGAUGCAAAAAAGGUCCAUGCGCGUCAGCAGAUGCUGUGCGACAAAGGCGUUGCGUCGUCCGCCCGUGUCCUGCCUGGGAUGAGUGGUCCGAAUGGUCCGAUUGCCCGUCAUGUUCACGACAUCGCAAGCGAGACACGUAUGUGUAUCGGCCAGAAAUGUGCAGGCCAAUCGCAGGAAACAGCAACAGAAAGCUGCAAUCUGCAGACUUGUGCUGAAGUUCCUACGUGGUCGACUUGGUCAUCUUGGUCUUCGUGCUCAUGCUACACAGCAACGGAAACUAGACGUCGUUUUUGCCUUAUUUCCGACCUAGCAGUGCAAGGUUUCUGCACUGGCUCAAUCCUUGAGCAGAGGCCCUGUGUACCAACGAACUGCAUAUCUUCUCCUGGAGGAUGGUCGGCAUGGUCGGAAUGGUCACUAUGUUCGAAAGACUGUCAAGGGUCUGGUCAUCAGAUCCGUAAUCGAAUGUGUUCAGAACCGCUUCCUUCGAACAGGGGUUCAUACUGCGUUGGCUAUUCGUUCGAUCAAAGACCAUGCAACUCUUAUCGUAUUUGUGAAAACAGAGUAGAUGGUGGAUGGAGUGAUUGGAGUGAAUGGAGUGACUGCGGAGAUUCAUGCUCAAACGGAUAUCGAAGUCGCACAAGAUACUGCUCCAAACCUCGCCCAUCUCAAGGAGGUAAACCUUGUAUUGGAAGCGACUUUGAGCUGCAACAUUGUGCUAGUGAAAAAUGUCUUAAAUCUGUUGACGGAGGAUGGGGGAGUUGGUCGUCGUGGAGCGAAUGCCCAAGCGGCUGCGGUUUCGCACUUCAAUCUCGUAAUCGUGCAUGUGAUAGUCCUUCUCCAGUUGGCGGAGGCAAAAUUUGUCGAGGGCUAGCACAUCAAACUUCUGUCUGCGCCUCUGAAGCUUGCACGGAGUCAGUAGAUGGGGAAUGGUCUGCAUGGAAUGAGUGGUCAAGCUGCGUUGGCAACUGUGGAUUGGGUUCGAGAACCAGAGUUCGUGCUUGUGUUUCACCGCCAUCGGCGGCUGGAGGUGUCCCAUGCUUUGGUAAAUCAUCCGAAGUCGAAGAAUGCCAAGCAGAAGGAGAUGUUACAUCUGCAAUCAUCGACAUAUUUCCUCAUGUACAUCUCUAUUUGCAUUUUGCUAGUCAUCUUACACUCUCGCUUUUGCUCCAUCAGUGGUGGCUGAUGUUAUCGCUGACUGAGUAA